GCUGGAGAAAAUGCAAAACGGUGUGAAAAAAAUGUAACGCAAGUGUGGCAAAAAAAAUAAAAUAAAAAUGAAAAAAACGAUGUAAUACAUUCCCACCGUUAACGUCGGCGUGAUAUCGAACAUCUUCGUUUUCUUCCGUUCUCCAAAGGAGAGUUGACACAAGCGCGUGGCGGAAGGAAUCGAAACUGCCGAGGCGUCGGCGAGUCGCGACGCGUCGUGAAAUAUGGGGCACCCCAGCGAAGAGCAGCGCAGCGUUGAACGUUUUGCAAAAAAAGGAAAACGCGUCAAGUGAUUCUCCGCGCGGAUACAGCGCGCGCGUGCAGCGCACAGUGUUGCGUGCCCCCUGCCGAGCCGCAACCCGGUGUAGCGCAGAGGGAUCAAAGCGGUCCACCCAAGUUCACCCGUUCACGGAGGAUUUUUACCGAGGAUUUGUGCCGACCAUUUGCGCCGACCAUUUGCGCCGACCAUUUGCGCCGACCAUUUUUACGACGAUUUGUGACGACCAUUUUUACGACGAUUUGCGCCUACCCCUUUCGCUAACCCCCCCCACCAACUUCCCCCCACGACCAGAUGGGAAUUAAGGGGCUGACCAAGUUCAUCGCCGACGCGGCGCCCAACGCGAUCAAGGAGAUAAAAAUCGAGAACCUGAUGGGGAGAGUGGUGGCCAUCGACGCGUCCAUGUCUUUGUACCAAUUUAUAAUUGCCAUAAGGGACUCCGAGCAAUAUGGAAAUUUGACGAACGAGUCGGGGGAAACGACUUCGCACAUAUCCGGGCUCAUGUCCAGAAGCAUCAAGCUGAUGGAAAAUGGGCUGAAGCCGAUUUACGUGUUUGACGGGGCCCCCCCUGAGCUCAAAGGGUCCGAGCUAGAAAAAAGAGGAGAGAAAAGACAAAAGGCAGAAGAAUUAUUAAAGAAAGCAAAAGAGGAAGGAAAUUUAGAAGAAAUCAAAAAACAAAGUGGAAGGACAGUAAGAGUUACGCGCAAGCAAAAUGAAGAAGCAAAAAAGUUAUUAACGCUGAUGGGAAUCCCAGUUGUGGAAGCCCCAUGCGAAGCAGAAUCUCAGUGUGCAUUCUUAACCAAGUAUAAUUUGGCGCACGCAACCGCUACGGAAGAUGCAGACGCGUUGGUAUUCGGAACGAAAAUCCUCAUUCGAAAUUUAAAUGCCAAUGCAUCAUCAGCCAAUCAAAAUAAAAAUAAAAACUCCAGCAAAAGAGGAUACAUAUUAACAGAAAUUAACCUCGAGCAAGUACUAAAGGGAUUAAACCUAAGCAUGAACGAAUUUAUAGACUUUUGCAUUUUAUGUGGCUGUGAUUAUUGUGAUACUAUUAAAGGGAUCGGGUCCAAGACGGCCUACAAUUUAAUAAAGGAAUAUAAUAGCAUUGAAAAAAUUAUAGAAAAUAUAGACAAGAAUAAGUACCAAGUACCUUCUAACUUCCGGUUUGUGGAAGCUAGGGAUUCUUUUAUUAACCCUAAAGUUUUGCCCAAAGAAGAAGUUAAAAUUGACUGGUGUGAACCCAAAAUUGAAGAGCUCAAAAACUUCCUAAUAAAGGACUACAAUUUUAACGAAGUUAGGGUUACCAAUUAUAUCAACAGAUUGCUGAAGGCCAGGAAAGUCACCACGCAGAGACGCCUGGACAACUUCUUCACCGCAUGCACCAAGAAGAGCACCAAACUUGUUAUCGAGGAGAGCCAGAGUCAAAGUAAAACUCAGAAGGAGGCGAAAUCGAAGCGGAAGGGGAAGAAGAGGGAUGCCCCGAAUGACGGCGCUGCGAAGCUUAACUCCAAGCAGAGCAAAAAGACGAAGGUGGAAAAGGAACCCAAGAGGGAGAAGAAGGAUGAGGAGGCACCCAAUGGGGAGGCACACAAUGGGGAUAAUAACGAGGAUGAAGAAACCCCCGGCAUGGGCGCGCGAGACCCAUUCGACACAGACGAUGAGGAGGACAACCCCAGCCCCAACUUCUUCCACCAAAAAUCCGACUCCGAAUCAGGUAAUGUAAAAAAGGAAAAAACGGAGCAGGAGGGGAACGCCACCACAGCGGGUGAUGUGUAUAACUACCCCAAUGGGAAAGACACAGCAGGCAGUAACACUCACCUAAGUAGCAACAGCACCCUGCAUAGUUGCAACAAUGUGGGCAGUGAGAAGGCACCCAACGAGGGUAUGCACACUGUAGGUAGUAGCGCCCCCGAGGCAGGCACCAACCAUGUAGGCAUCAACCAUGUAGGCACCAACCAUGUAGGCAUCAACCAUGUAGGCACCAACCAUGUAGGCACCAACCAUGUAGGCAGCGGUGAUUUAUUCCCCCCCAACGUCGCCGAUUGUGCGAAUAACAACGCUGAUAAAGCACAGCCCGAAAUGAAAAAAAAAAACAUGUUAUUUUUGUUGCCCUACUGCCCGAAGAAUGUUACUAAUGUGAAGAAGAGGAAGUCCGUGCAGCGCUGUUAG